CAUUGCUGGUAGUGAAUAUUGGAAUGCAGCCUAAUGCAGCCCAAAAAUACUACGACACAAAGUGUCCAUUAGUCCAUACUGAUAAUACUGUGGUCGGUUUUAUCAAAUAAUUAAUAUGGGUGUAGAUAAACCAAUGGAAUCUUCUUUAACAGGAGAUGAGAUGUCUAAAAAAGCACUUAAAAAGCAGCAGAGGGAGGCACAAAAAGCAGCAAAAAAGGUGGAGAGAAAUGCCCAGUCUCAAGAGUCUACAAAUGAAACUAAAGAUGUAUCUGUGGGAAAAUAUGGACAAAUGAAUAUGAUUCAGAGUAAGGAAAAGUUCCAAGAUAGGAAGUUUACAGUAAUCAAGGAUUUAGAUAUAAGCUUGAAAAAUCAAACAAUUUGGCUAAGAGGUCGCUUACAUACUAGUCGUGCAAAAGGCAAACAAUGCUUUAUUGUGAUAAGACAACAGUCCUACACAGUGCAGGGAUUAGUCUCUAUAAAUGAAAAAAUCAGCAAACAAAUGAUUAAAUUUAUAUCUAACAUUACAAAAGAAUCUAUAAUCGAUGUCAUGGCUGUGGUAAUGCCUGUACCAUUGAAAAUUGAAUCGUGUUCGCAAAAAGAUAUUGAAGUUCAUUUGGAGAAAAUAUUCGUGGUGAGUGCUGCAAAACCGCAACUUCCUUUGCAAAUAGAAGACGCAGCAAGAUCUGUUGGUGAGAUAGAUGAAACAACUCUGAACGUGCGAGUAAAUCAGGAUACUAGAUUAGAUAAUAGAGUUCUGGACUUACGUACUCCAGCCAAUCAAGCGAUUUUCAGAGUGGAAGCUGGUGUUUGUAAACUCUUUAGAGACAUUUUAACGAAGAAGGGCUUUGUUGAAAUUCACACACCUAAAAUCAUUUCUGCAGCCAGUGAAGGUGGGGCAAAUGUAUUUACAGUAUCUUAUUUCAAGAGUAAUGCUUACCUAGCUCAAUCACCACAAUUGUAUAAACAGAUGGCGAUUGCCGCUGAUUUUGACAAGGUUUUUACUAUCGGUGCAGUUUUCAGAGCGGAAGAUUCCAAUACACACAGACAUUUGACAGAAUUUGUAGGUCUUGAUCUAGAAAUGGCUUUCAAAUAUCAUUAUCAUGAAGUAAUGGACACCAUUGGACAGAUGUUUACAGAAUUGUUUAAAGGCUUACGUGACAUUUAUGCAGACGAUAUAGCAGUAGUCAGUCAACAAUAUCCAGUGGAGCCUUUUAAAUUUCUCGAACCAACUUUGAGAUUGGAAUAUCCACAGGCAAUUGAGCUGUUAGCAGAAGCAGGCGUGACUCUGGGAGAAGAGGAUGAUUUAUCGACGCCGGAUGAAAAACUCUUGGGAAAACUUGUUAAAAGCAAAUAUGAUACUGACUUUUACAUUUUGGACAAAUAUCCUCUUGCUGUAAGACCUUUCUAUACUAUGCCGGAUCCAAAUAACCCGAAAGCAUCCAAUUCAUACGAUAUGUUUAUGAGGGGCGAAGAGAUCAUAUCUGGCGCACAACGUAUUCAUGAUCCGAAUUUUCUUACCGAACGCGCUAAACAUCACGGAAUUGAUAUUGAAAAAAUCAAAUCAUAUAUUGACGCCUUCAGAUAUGGCUGCCCGCCACAUGCUGGUGGUGGUAUAGGCAUGGAGCGUGUGGUAAUGCUAUAUCUCGGUCUGGACAAUAUUCGCAAAGUGUCUAUGUUUCCGCGUGAUCCCAAACGGCUUACUCCUUGAGAAACUUAUUAUUCAAUUUCAUUUAAUAAAUAUACUGAGAGGACUCGAAUAAAAUCUUUUACUUUGAAUAU